AGAGGCACAGUUCAUCUUGGGUAUAAUAUUCCUCAAAAGGAGAACAAGCGUCCAUGCACCAGUGUACUAUUCCAGAUACAAACCAGAGAGUGCAUUGGGGUUCUGUGAAACAUUAGAGCCUAAGACUGGAACAGUCGAGAAUGUCCAGGGCCAAGAUGUUGAUCUUGAACAACCUCAGUGAUUUGAGUUCCCUGUUUGUUGGCAAACGGAUCAGAGGAAGUCCCAGGAAUCACCAGAUGAUACCAGAGAGAGCAUGCACCGGGGGUUCCUGUGUCCUAAGAAAUAGGAAUAAAUCCUUACAUCCACUCUGGACAAACCCCAUAGCUAUACCAGGAGGCACUCGGCAAUCUCCAAUCAAUAUCCAGUGGAGAGACAGUGUCUAUGACCCUCACUUGAAACCCCUGAAAAUCUACUAUGACCCAUCUUGUUGUCUGCAUGUAUGGAACACAGGAUAUUUGUUCCAGGUUGAGUUUGAUGACUCCACAGAUGGAUCAGGAAUUAAUGGUGGCCCCUUGGACAAUCAUUACAGACUCAAGCAGUUCCACUUCCACUGGGGAGAAAUGAAUGACUGGGGUUCAGAACACACAGUGGACCAUCAAGUUUACCCAGCUGAGCUUCAUUUAGUGCACUGGAAUUCUGCCAAAUAUCCAAAUUACAAAGAAGCGAUAAUGGGAGAAAGUGGUUUGGCUGUAAUAGGAGUGUUUUUGAAGCUGGGAGCAGAACAUAAGGAGCUACAGAAGUUGGUCAAUGUCUUACCAGAAAUCAAGCAUAAGGACACUCGUGUGGCCCUUGACAGAUUUGAUCCCUCAUGUCUGUUGCCUUCAUGUCAAGAUUAUUGGACCUAUGCUGGAUCUUUGACCACCCCACCACUUACAGAAUCUGUCACCUGGAUCAUUAAGAAAAAGCCUAUGGAGGUUGGUCAUAAUCAGAGCUUUGAGCGGCAAGAGGAUGAUGCGAAUGAAGAAGAAGGAGCACCUAAAGCUGGCUGAGUUUCGGAGGCUACUGUUUUCUGCCCUUGGGGAGGAAGAGAAGAAGAUGGUGAAUAACUUUCGCCCACUUCAGCCCCUCAUGAAUCGUACUGUCCGGUCUUCCUUCCAAUCCUAGCACUUUUGAAACACAGGACCUAUCUCGAAAUAGAAUCCCCCUCCCACGCCCUCAAUAAAAUGACUAGCAGUCUUUAA